AUGUACAGGGGCCGUAGUGGCAAGGGCUCGACCAUGAGCGAGGAAGAACAUGAACCCCGACGGACCGGAGGCGGCUUUGCUGCAGCUAGCACCGGAGGGCAUGCCGGGAGGACGGAGGGGGCACCGAGAGAUCGAGACCCACCACCUGCAUACGACGGAGAGAACCCGGAGGUUACGUUCCGCCAGUACGAGAAGCAGGUGGCCUUGUGGGAGUUCGAAACUGAGGUGCCAAAACCAAAGCGAGGCAUCAAGUUGCUUCGCCAGCUCUCAGGUGUGGCCAUGACGGCCGUGGACGACAUGGAGAUCUCGGAGAUUGCCAGUGAGCAGGGAGUCAAGAACAUCCUCGGCAAGCUCCGUGACUACUUUCUGCCACACCUUGAGGUUUCAUUGCCAAGGGCAUUUGAAGUCGCGGUCUACGGACCGCCUCGAGGCAACAAGGGGUCCUUCGCCGAGUACACGAAGAGGAUGGAACGGGCCUUCAUCAACCUCGCCAAGGAGGGCGUCGACUUGCCCGACGGGGCAAAAGGGUACAUACUGUACCGACAGGCCUUGAGGAGGUUGGACAAGGUCAUUAAGGAGAAGGACAAGGCCAAGGGAAACUAUGUCACUGAAGAGAGCUAUGUCCUUGAGGGGUCCUCCGGCAUCCACUACGAAGCGGACGGCGAUGGCGUCGCGGCCUGGGAGGAUGACGAUGAGAACUACGUCUUCCUGGCCGAUGGGGACCUUGAUGAGGUCAUGGAUGAACAAGACGUGAUGAAUGCCUUAGCCUCCUACAAUGACACCCGUCAGGCACUCAAAGAUCAACGGCUGGGACGAGGCUUCUUCCCAGGGAAAGGCAAAGGCAAGAUCAACGCCUUCCAGAAAGGCAAAGACAAGGGCAAACGCCGUGUUCACAUCGAGCAGCUCAAGUUGCGCACCAGGUGCAGGAAGUGCUUGCAAGUGGGGCACUGGGAAAGAGAAUGCCAAAAUCCACCAGCGAGCCAAGCCGGGAAAGGAGAGAGCCGCACCUUCUACGUGGGACUACGAUCUGAGAGCGAUAGUUUCUCCACGUCGCAGCACGAUUUUUGGUUGCGACAGUUUGUGAAGGAGAGUCGAGCUCGACAAGAGACCUCGACGGAGUUCAACAAUGGAGCCAACCCUUCGAAGCGAUACAUGGAGCGGGCAUGUAUGGUCAAGGAGGGAAAGGUGAAUUUUUGUGGCGUCACCACCCAAGCGAUUGAGGGGAUAGUGGACACGGCAGCUGAGGGUGGUUUGAUCGGGAAGGAGUCUCUUCAUCGUCUCAAACGGGAACUCGCCGGUCGUGGUUUGCGAAUCAAGUGGAUUCCCAAGCAGUCAUUUGCAAAGGGGGUAGGAGGCAACGCGGUGGUCGAAGGGGUUGCAUUGAUUCCUUUGGGGCUUGGAGGCAUCAAUGGUGUUUUGGAGACCACCGUAGUGCAGGGAGACGUCCCGUUUCUGCUUCCGGUAAAACUUCUCAGGGCAUUGGAGGCGGUCAUCGAUUUGAAGAACAUGGUCAUGCAGGUCCCCUCACAUCAGGUUUUUCUACCACUUCGUGAACUCGCAAGCGGUCAUGUCGCCGUCAACGUCAUGUCGUUCGCAGAGGGCAAGUUUUUGGUUCCUCCGGAAGCCGGUACGCAAGAGAUGGAAUCACUUUGUUUUGCCACCACAGCAAUGCCGGCUCAAUCACUUUUCGCCGGUGCUCAAUUCGAUCGGCCCGGAGACGCCUCUCGCCCAUCACCACCACAUGGCGUCGCUGCUGAAGAAAGCCAAAGCAUUGGUGGGCGCUACUCCUUCCACGGACCCAGUGCCGAUGGAAGUCGGGACAUCACAGAGGCCUGGUGCUUGGACUUGGACUCGCAGCGGCCGGGGCGCAAGUCUUUGGAGACAAUCGCGGACUACUACUCGGAGGUGAUCAUGCAUGCACAAGUGCUGAAACCCCUCCAGAGCAAGAAUGUUCAGAAGAAGAUCAAGGACGGCCCCUUAAGCAUGAAGUACCAGAAGGGGAAGCCCACAUCGCCGAAGAGCCCGAGUACCUCCACUCCAGCACCAAGGACACCGAUGAGGAGCGAGGGCAAGAUCAUGGACGAUGCCAUGAUGGCAACACCUCCAUCCAGGGGAGAAACCCUGGAGGCCCUGAUGGCCAUGAAGCAGGACUUGAGAGUCGAGAUGGGCACUCAUGCCCAGAUCAUGCUUCAGCAGCUGAGGAACGAGCAGGCCGCAUCCUCCGUUCAGCAAUCUCAGAUGAACGCGGUCCAGCUGCAACAGAUAGCGGAGGAGGUGAAGAGGGCUACGGUGGCGAACCGCGAGCAGGAGAUCCGACAGGAGAAGCUCAUGCAGAUGCUCAUCCAGGAGAUCACCUCCACCAAGACCGAGCAAGCUUUGCCUGUGCGGGCGCCCGGCCGAGGCCUUGAUCGUCAAGAAGGAUGGACCGAGGAAGGGACGCAUGUUUUGGAAAUGCGUCCAACGCCGAUGCGACCUCUUCGAAUGGAUCGACGAGAAGGACCAGGUCGACCUCGACGAGGUGAAGACGGCAGCUUCAUCCCUGAACCCAAGAAGGUCCAAGAGUCCGAAGAGGGAGGCCUCAGCGGCGGCUCCUACGGUGGGGAACAGCUGGUGUCAGGUGUCGGUGAACAGCAGCAGAGCGGAAAACGUGCCAGUGGUGGAUGUGGAGGAGUUCGACGGCUAGGAGACGGGUGGACCCGGCGUUGCACCAGCAGCGCCAUUCGCUGGGCGCGGAGGGCUCAGCAGGGGAGCAACCCGCUGGUGGAGACCUAUGGCAACUACUGGAUGAAGAAUGCCACCGGUGACUGGAUUGAAGCCUCCCACAUCAUCCCGAAGGACGCCGUCGAGAUCUAUGUCCAGGUGAGGCACACCCGGAAAGGCGAGUUUCAAGACAUGUGGGAGGAUUCCAAAAGCUCCCACUUUUCGAGAAAGGAGCGGCAGAUGUUGUCAACGGCCAUGAAGAAGAUGCCUGCCGCCGGAAAAGUCCUCUCGGAAGUCUUUUGUCCGCCCCGCAUCACCAAGCUCCUGAGGAAGAGAGGCUAUGAUGUGGGCACCAGUUUUGACCUCCAAACCGGAUGGGAUCUGAGCAAACCAGAAGAACGGAAGGCCAUGUGGAAGGCUUUGAGAGAAGAGCAGCCAGAAGUGAUCCUGGCGUGUCCCCCAUGCAAGGCCUUCAGCCGAAUGCAGGCAGUGAACUGGGGUCGAAUGGACCCAAAGAAAAGAGUGCACCUCCUUCAAACUGGACGAGAACAUCUACAUUUGGCCAUCGCUGUCCUGCGCUGGCAGCUGAGAAGAGGAGGGGCAAUACUCUUUGAGCAUCCAGACGGGGCUACCUCAUGGCAAGAGCCCGAACUGCAGUCUUUGGCGGCCAGCCGCGGAGUCCAGACCGUCGUGUGCCCCGGAGACUACAACCCAACGGAGGAGGAGAAGAAGGCCGUGAUGAGAGUGCAUCGAGCGGUCGGACAUCCCCAGGACAGAGAGUUCAUCAGGUUUCUUCGCGCAGCUCGGGUGCGAGGGGAGAUUGUUCAGUGGGCUGCAAAGAAGUUCAAGUGCGAUGUGUGUGUGAGUCAAAGAGACAUCCCAAAGCACCACGACCGACUGCCUUGCCAAGGGCUUACCAGCCCAACCGGGUCCUGGGGCUGGAUCUGUUCUAUGUGCCGGCACCCGGAGACGGGAAGCAAGCAGACUGUCCCGGUUCUCAACAUCUUGGACUGGGGCACCAACUACCAAAUGUGCGAGGUCCUUUUGGGGAAGAAUCCGAGCGAGGUAUGGGAGGCCUACAUGUCUACGUGGGCCAGGACCUUCGGACAUCCAGAGGUCAUCACUUGCGAUGCUGGCAGAGAGUUCUUGGGCGAGUUCAUCCAAAAGGCGGCUGCCGAAGGGAUCGUUAUCCACCAGAUCGCCUCCAAAGCACGCUGGCAGCAAGGGAAGACGGAACGCCACGGAGGGCUCUUCAAGGAGCUCCUGGAGAAGGCCAGAAGUGAGGUGGUGAUUCAAAGCACCAAGGAUCUCAAGCAGCUCAUGGUCGAGGUCGAGCAGGCCAAGAACAGGUACUCCAAUAGAUCUGGCUUCGCACCGAUUCAACGUCAGAUCGGACAGUGGCCAAGAUUGCCGACGUCAAUCAUAUCAGAUGAGGCAAUAGACCCAACGCUGCUGAACGGGGUGAUCACCGAUGACCUGGAAAAGUUGCACCACAUGCGGAACAUCGCACACAAGGCAUUCUGCGAGCACAAUGCCAAGAGCACCCUGAAGCGAGCCCUUCGAGCACGUCCACGAGUGUGGGUGGACUACAAACCCGGGGAGUAUGUGUUCGUGUUUCGAGUACCUCGCAUGAAGAAGCGGACACACGGAGGACCCGUCGAUGACGCCUCACUCUCAACAAAGGCAAGAUGGGUCGGCCCCGGGGUAGUCAUAGCUCCAGAUGGAGCGAACCUCUGGGUAUCGAUGCUGGGUGAGCUCUGGAAGGUCGCUCGAGAACAAUGCCGCCCUGCCACCAACGAUGAGAAGAUGGGGAUCGAAGCGGUGGUGCAAGAGUGUCAGGAGUUGAUCGAAGAGCUCAAAAGAGGGUCUCACCGGCUGGGAUACAAAGACUUGAGUCAAGAGGAGUUUCCCCCGGAGGAAGGAGGCGUGCCAGAGACGCCGCCGGUGAACGUGGACCGACCUCCGAUAGACCCGAGGUCACAUGAGGUGCAGGAAGCAUUGAGGCAAUCCGAACUGGAUGCAAAUCGGCUGGAUGGAGUGCCAGGUCCAACAUCAGGGCCAAUCUAUCGAUGGCAACAGAGGGCCAGACAGGACCACAUCGCCCCCUACUUUGAGGACCAGGAAUGGUUUCUAGCUGAAGCUGAAGAGGCUCUGGAGGAGGAGAGUCAGACCAGACAGACGAAGAUCAGGCAGCUAGCCAAAACCAGGGCAGAGAAAGAUGAGUGGUCGCUGGACUGGAAGGUUGGCACGCUGACCAGGCACCAUCGACGCAAAAGGAAGGCCAAGUUCGACCCGAAGCUCAACUCCGACGCCCCGCUGCCGUGGACUUUUCUGACUGAGCGUCGAGAGACGCAUGUAAGAAAGGCACACGAAUGGGUGAUGGAAGAAGAUGACUGGCAGACGCCCCAACGGAGGAGUCUAGAUGAAUGGUGGAAAGGCAAAACCGUGUUCUACCUCAAGGAGAUCAAGGAAGCGAAGAACUAUGUGGCCGAGAAGAAAGGUCAAGAUGAAGUCAGCCUCAGCAAAGAAAGCCCACAGGAUCAAGAAGAAUGGAAGAUCUCCGACCUCUCCGAGUGGAAUAAGGUCACCCAGAGCGGGGCGGUGAAGGUGUUGGGCCUAGAAGAGUCCCGACAAAUCAGAGAAGAGCUGAAGCAGCAAGGUCAAGAAGACCGCAUACUGCCAACAAAAAUAGCAAGAAGAUACAAGCCUGGAGAACAGCCCGGGGAGCCGGCCAUGAAGAAAUCCCGGCUAUGCAUCAGGGGCGACCUGGACCCAGACAUCCUGGACUUGGAGCGCUUCUCUCCUACUUUAAAUACGGUGAAUUUCAACGUCCUCCUGCAGAUCGCCGCCAACGAGAACAUGAAGGCCACGGUGGGAGAUCUAAAGAACGCCUUUUGCCAGAGCCAGCCGCUUCAUCGACCAAAAGGACGGCUAUACUUCCAGCAACCCAAGGAGGGAGUGAGCGGCUUGCAUCCAGAGCAGAUAGUUCAGAUCAUCGCAGGAUGCUACGGGCUAGUUGAUGCCCCUCUACAUUGGAGGAAAUCCCUCACAGAAGACUUGAAGGCUCUGGGAUACGAGAUGUCCGCUCUGGACCCCUGCAUCAUGAAGCUGUACGACCGGACACGCAAACGUCUUUUGGGGGGCCAUCGCCAUCGAAGUGGACGACCUGUUCACGAUGGCGGCUUCUUGGUGGACAUGAGGAAGUUCAUUGAGGAAAGACUUCACCCGGUAGACUUGGAAAAGGGGCGAAGGAGCCAGAAGAAAGAGAUGGCCAACGAGGCCGAGAUCAGCGCUGCCAGAGACAUCCUGCAGCUCAACCAGGUUGUGACAGACAUCAAGGCCCACUCUGAGCUGAGCCUAAAGGUGCAACCACUGAAAAAGAUGCGGCUCAGCGUCGUGACCGACGCUUCAUUUGCCAAUGCGGGCUUUCACUCCCAGGGGGGGCACUUGGUCCUCGCCCACGAGAACAACCUCCGCGAUGGAGCAGCAGUCACCACGAAUGUCUUGGCCUGGAGGUCAGGGAAGCUGCAGCGAAUUGUCAAUUCGACUCUAGAGUUGACUGACGGCACCUUCAACAUCAAAGUGUGGCGCAGCCGGCUGGAGGGUGAGGAGCUCCUGGUGAUGAGCUCUGAGUUGAGUGAGUGA